AUGGCUACUUAUCGAGUUAAGCGUACUAGCAUACCUAAACCUAAAGUAAUGACUAAAUCAGUUCAGGAGGAGUCUCCUACCAUACACGACUUACCAUCACUCCGUCGGAAACGUACUUUAGCCUAUAAUCGUAUGAAAAAGAUACUCGAUGUUGCUCUGCAAGCGAAAUCCACCUCUCUGCCUGAUGAUACAGAGUUGUUUCUCGCGCACUACUCGUCGGUUUCUAAGCUAAUAGAAAGUUUUGAAGACGCCCAUGGCGAUAUACUUACCUUGCUGGACGAGAAGUGCGAAGAAGAAGAAGAUAGUUAUCGUGAACAGUUCGACUCGAUGUAUUUUGACAUUGUAGCUGUUUAUUCGCAGUUAACUCGUAAAUCCGAGAGCCAAUCCACAGCUCCUUACCGACCUGCUUCUGCGCCUACUGUGAAAUUACCUAAGAUCGAAAUACCGAAAUUUUCGGGUAACAUUAAAUCUUGGCCCGAAUAUUACGACAUAUUCAAUGCAUUGAUACACGAAAAUGGAUCUCUUUCCAAUACAGAGAAGAUGCAAUAUCUCGUCUCAACAUUAUCCGGCGAUGCCUUGGGACUCAUCCGUACUUUUCCCGCUCAAGGUAUUUACUAUGAAGAGGCCUACCGUACAUUAGUCGCGCGUUAUCGUGAUAAGCGCGAGCUAGCAUUCACGUGUUGGAAAGAGAUGCAAGCCGUCAAUAUUAAGGCGAACACACCACUCGAGUUCCGCCGUGUUCUCGAUACUUUUAAUGAGAAUCUUACAAUAUUAAAAGGACUUGGUUUGCCGACGGCUCAAUGGGACUUUGUUCUGUGUUACUUGUUGCUUUCUAAGCUCGAUUCCAAAACCCGCUGUGAGUUCGAACAGGCUCACCCGACAACGGAAUUACCGUGUUAUGCUACGUUGAAGGAUUUUCUGUAUUCAAAAUGCGAAGCCCUUGUUCGUGACACUCAUUUCUCUUCUCAAGCUCGUAGUAGCAGCAACAAUCCCCGCACUUUAGACUCGAAGAAAUCCAAUCAAGGACACAAGGCUACCACUUCGGUGUUCUUGUCUAAAACUGACAAAGAAUCUGAAAAGCCGGUUGUCAAGCAACCCAAGCCGCAGGUCAAGAGCUCCUCGCCCGUUUCUUCGCCUUCAAGCGUAUCGGCUUCUCAAUCCGCUGUUAGUGUGAAGUGUUCAUAUUGUAAUUCGGAUCAUUCCAUUGCACGUUGUGUUACUUUCACUAACCUCCCGUUACAAGCUCGCACCGACUACGCCAAGGAUCAUCAUUGGUGCUUCAACUGCCUAAAGAGUUCGCAUGGCGUCAGGGAUUGCAAUUCUCUUUUCAGGUGUCAGAAAUGCCGCCAAAAACACCACACGCUUCUUCAUAAUGAUGACAGUCAUCCUGCUGAAGAUGUAUCUACCUCUCAAGAGGCUUCGUGUCACUCUCCGCAAGUCCGUGUGCUUACGAGUAUUGGCGACAGUUCCGUGGUUCUCCUUUCAACUGCUGUAAUCAGUGUCAUGGAUUCGUCGGGCCAGUUUCAUUCCCUUCGAGCUUUAAUCGACUGUGGUAGUCAGGCUCACUUCAUCACCGAGCGCGCCGCUCAUCGCUUGGGGCUUGACUGCGUUCCCUCGGCUCGAACCAUCAGUGGCUUAGGCAAAUCUUCGGCUUCCGUGUCUGGAGUGGUCAAGCUGAAAAUCGGAUUAAAUGAUAAGGUUGUGUUCAAUCUCGAUGCAUUAACUAUACCUAAUAUAUGCGGAUACGUACCUAACGUGCGAUUGAACGCGACAUCAUGGCAGCAUUUGCGCGACUUACCUCUCGCGGAUCCUAACUGUUGUAGGCCCGGUCCGAUCGACGUGCUUCUAGGUGCUGAAGUCUUCUCGUCUCUUCUACUUCCUGGAAAGGUUGGUGGAAGCUCUACUCAGCCCUCUGCGUUGAACACGGUCUUCGGCUGGAUUCUCCUCGGCAAUGCUAGCUGCGGGAAGGAUACCGAAGCUGAGAUUAAUUCUUUUCUUAUUACGAAUGAACAACUCUACAAUGAGGUGAAGCGGCUAUGGGAGUUAGACUCUAUACCGCAAUCUUCACAUCUCUCACCUGAUGAGCAGAAGUGUGAAGACAUCUUUUCGAACAAGCAUUCACGUGACACAUCCGGCAGGUAUACCGUUGCUUUACCUUUCAAAGAGGGUAAAGAAAAUCUCACCUUUCCAGGAUCACGUGAUAUUGCACUUCGUCGUUUUCAUGCGCUCGAACGUAAACUCAACAGUAAUCCGGUUCUAAAAGAACAAUACUCGGAAUUCAUGAAUGACUAUCUCCAAAGUGGUCACAUGAAUGUCGUAUCGCCCGUAGACUUGACCAAAGGGAGGUAUUAUAUACCUCAUCAUUGUGUCCUCCGCCCUGACAGUGCCACUACGAAGUUACGCGUCGUGUUUGAUGCCUCCGCUAAAGACAUGACAGGCAAAUCGUUAAACGAAACUUUACUCAUCGGUCCAAAAUUGCAAACGAACAUUUUGGAAAUUCUUAUCCGGUUUCGUAUUCACCCUGUAGUCUUCACAUCCGACGUGCGUCAAAUGUAUCGACAAAUUUUAGUUCAGGAAGAGGAUCGAGAUUUUCAGCGCAUCUUCUGGCGCUCCAACUCUACGCAACCAGUUCAAGAAUACCGCUUGAACACCGUCACUUACGGUGUUUCUUCAGCUCCCUUCCUUGCGUGUCGUGCUGUCAAGCAACUCUCUGAGGAUGAAAGUGAUCUCCAUCUUGCACAUUCCAUCGUUCAAUCCGACAUGUAUAUCGACGACAUUGUUACCGGCUUUCCUGACUUUCAGCAGGCUUUACAAACUAAAUCUGAAAUCAUUGACCUCUUGGGCCGAGGCCAAAUGGAACUGCGAAAGUGGGCAAGUAACUGCCCUGAGCUGCUUGCCGACUUACCUCCGGAGCAUUGCCUUACUAACCAAGUGUCGAUGGAUGUUGAAAAGUCUCACACUUUAAAGGUUCUUGGAUUAAUUUGGGAUCCUCAAAGUGACACCUUUUCUUUCGAAGUUAAACCGCAAAUACGAAGGUGUACCCGCCGCACAAUCCUCAGUGAGUUGGCUCGUAUUUUCGAUCCAUUGGGCUUCUUGUCUCCGAUAACGCUGUCAUCUAAAAUCUUAGUACAGAAGCUCUGGAUACUCAACGUGUCAUGGGAUGAUGAACCUCCUUCUGAAAUCGUUCAACAGUGGGAACUCAUGCUCGAGCAGUUGCCUACUGUCAAAUCCCUGAGAAUUCCACGCUGUCUUGCUUCACCGACGCCAGUGUCCUGUCAGCUUCAUGGAUUUGCAGACAGCUCUGAAUCCGGAUACGGUGCUGUAAUAUAUUUGCGCUGCUGUGACCCUGACGGAAAUAUUCAGGUGUAUCUCGUUGCUGCAAAAUCUCGCGUCGCUCCCACGAAAAAGGUCUCUCUGCCGCGUCUGGAGUUGUGUGCCGCAGUCCUUCUCGCCGAUCUCCUGCAAAUAAUCAAAGAAUUGUACUUACCAUUGCUGCCGAUCACCGAUACUUACGCGUGGUCCGAUUCUACUGUGGCUUUAGCUUGGAUUCGAUCUCCUUCCUGUAGAUGGAAAACCUUCGUUGCCAACCGAGUCAGCCAUAUUCAGGAGUCCAUACCCGGAGCAAACUGGCAUCAUGUACCUUCUAGCGACAAUCCGGCAGAUGUCGCCUCUCGUGGUCAAAUGCCAACCGAGCUCGUUCACAACUCGUUAUGGUGGGCGGGUCCUCCCUGGCUUGUUGAUAGCUCAGAUAGAUGGCCUAGCGCUGGUCAUGAUGAGACCCAAAACAACAAAAUCUUACAGGAAGAGAAAGGUCAGACUUUGCUCGUUAACGAUGACAUUCGUCAUUUCAUCGAUCAGCUUCUUGAGAGAUACUCUUCAAUUCGGAAGGUUCAGCGUAUUCUGUGCUAUUUAAUUCGAUUCGUUCAUUACUCGAGACGCAAAGAUAGCGUUCAAUCUUUGUCGUCAUGUCCUUUAAGUAGAGUUGAGCUUCAUCAUGCGCUUCUAGUUAUCGUUCGUCACGUUCAAGCUCAACAUUUUGAAAAAGAAAUUGCUCAGUUAAAAGAACAAAAACUUCUUUCUAAGCAGUUCAGGAAACUCAGCCCUUUCUUGGAUGAUCAUGGUGUUCUCAGGGUGGGCGGUCGGCUUUCACGUUCCGGCUUGGAGUUCGAGCACAAGCAUCCCGCUUUGCUGCCUCGGUCCUCACGUUUUACCUACAUGAUCAUUGAAGAGAUCCAUGCCGAGAAUGGUCAUCCCGGAGUGAACACUUUGUUGUAUUUGCUGACUCAGCAAUUUUGGCUUCUUUCACCCAAACGUGCCAUACGGCAUUGUUUAUCUAAGUGCUUGAAAUGCUAUCGUAUGAAGCCCACUCCUCUUGAACCGUAUAUGAGUGACUUACCUUUUGUACGUGUUAAUCAAGCGAAACCAUUCUCAAUAAUCGGUACUGACUACGGCGGUCCAUUCCGCAUAAAACUAGGAAAUCAUCGUGGUGCAAAAAUCGGAAAGGCUUACCUUUGCCUAUUCGUGUGCUUCAGCACAAAAGCAGUACACCUCGAAGUCGUUUCCGACCUCUCGACAGACGCAUUUAUUGCCGCACUGCGCAGAUUCGUAGGCCGUCGUGGUAGAGUCAGCAUUAUUCACUCGGACUGUGGUACGAAUUACGUAGGCGCGAGUAACCACCUAAAUUCAUUGAUGAACUCAGCCGCUCGAAGUGAGGGCAUCGAAUUCCGUUUUAAUCCGCCAUCGAGUCCUCACUUCGGGGGAGUAUGGGAAAUCCAGAUCAAGGCUGUGAAAACUCACCUUUACCGCAUCGUCGGUACACAAACCCUUAAUUUCGAGGAAUUAACAACAUUAUUUGUCCAAAUCGAAGCUAUGCUUAACUCGAGGCCAUUAUACCCGGUUAGUUCAGAUCCCAACGAUCUUACCGUGCUAACACCCGGUCAUUUUCUUACGUUAGAACCAAUGACGACCGUUCCUGAUGAGGACUAUUCGAAUCUUAACCUAAAUCGUCUCGGGCGAUGGCAGUUAAUACAGCGUUUUCAACGUGACUUCUGGGUCCGUUGGAGGAAUGAAUACCUCAAUUCUUUAAUGCAACGCGCAAAAUGGACAUCAUCGGAAAAACCAUUAUCCGUAGGCUCCGUGGUAAUACUUAAGACAGACUCGACUACGCCUUUGCACUGGCCGUUAGCACGCGUUCAUGAGCUACAUUCAAGCCCUGAUGGGGUCGUGCGCAUUGCUACUGUUAGAUUAGCAAACGGUGUUUUCCUGACAAGGCCUUUAACUAAGCUUUGUCCGUUACCUACGCAAUCCGAUUAA